UAAAGCGGAGGCGGCGAGCGCGGCGGCAAACAUGCGGACCGCGCUGUGCGUGCUGGCGGCGUUGGCGGCGCUGCGGCCGGCGCCGGCGUUGAAGCGCCUUCAUACGAUGGACGUCCAUCAGGCCUACAACCACACCGUCUGCCCCUUCGUGCCCGUAAUCGACGAAGACGAGAACCGGCUGCCGCGCCGCAUCAUGACGUGGAAGUGCGCCGACGACACGCGCGCCUACUGCCGCGCCAGCGGCGUGCCUGACGACCUGUGCUGCCACCACUACCACCGCGACCUGGCGUUCGAGUGCGUGGAGCUGUUCGACACCACCACGGUCACGUACCAGCGCAAGGAGCAGGACAAAGUGCGUUUCGAGUUGGGCACCGUCGACGUGCCGGUGGGCUGCGUGUGCGGCGUCUCCACCACCACCCCCGCCGGCGACCUGCCCUCCUACCCCGAGCGCCGCGCCGGCCUGCCGGGACCCGUGUCGCUCUGACGUCCGCCCUCCGAGGGUUCGUCUACUCCCCGCCGCUCGUGAUUGCCGUUAACUCUUACAACUGACUAACACUCGAAGACGUUAAUGUUGGGACUUGUGCUCCCAUCUCUUAAUCCCGCUUCUACUCCUGACCUUUCCGGUUUCCCGACAUUUGGCAAAUAAAUUUAUGAAUUAUUAUAAAAA